AUAAAUGCUAAAUUAUUUUAGAAUGAAUUAUUUUAUACUACAUAACAAGUUUUUCAUGAACACUUGUUCCGCCGCCAUCAGCAGCUAAUGAAUAUCGGCAUGGAAACCCGAUCCGGUCAUUGUGUGAUUCCAUCAAUCGAGCGGGCGGGGGUUUUCACUCUGUAAGAGUCUGUAAGAGGUUAAGCAAUGGCAGGAGAUGGAAUCUUAGGAGUGAAAGGCGUCCAGGGAAAGAGAUCAGAGCGAAGCAUUGACGCAGAGAGGAAAAAGCGCGUCCAAAGGAAAGAGAAAUGGCUUGUGGCGAUGGGAGUGGUUUUACACGCAAUUUACAUGCUCAGCAUCUUCGACAUUUACUUCAAAACUCCUAUCGUCCACGGCAUGGAUCCCGUCGCUCCUCGCUACUCUGCACCGGCAAAGCGUCUUGUUCUUUUAAUUGCUGAUGGGUUACGGGCAGAUAAAUUUUUUGAGCCUGAUUCAGAUGGGAAGUAUAGAGCGCCAUUCUUGAGGAGUGUGAUUAAAGAGCAUGGGCGGUGGGGAGUAUCCCAUGCUCGGCCUCCAACAGAAUCUAGGCCUGGGCAUGUUGCUAUCAUUGCUGGAUUCUAUGAGGAUCCAAGUGCUGUCACAAAAGGUUGGAAGGCAAAUCCUGUAGAGUUUGAUUCAGUUUUUAAUAGAAGCCGGCACACAUUUGCCUUUGGCAGUCCCGACAUUGUUCCCAUUUUCUGUGGUGCCUUGCCACAUACCACUUGGAAUUGUUACCCCCAUGAGUAUGAAGAUUUUGCUACUGAUGCUUCUUUUUUGGAUGAAUGGUCAUUUGAUCAAUUUCAAAGCCUAUUGAAUAGGUCCAAUGAAGAUGCAGAAUUAAAGAAGCUUCUUCAACAAGAUAAGCUUGUUAUAUUCCUACACCUGCUUGGUUGUGAUUCCAAUGGUCAUGCACAUCGACCAUAUUCAUCCAUAUAUCUCAAUAAUGUUAAAGUUGUUGACAGUAUUGCUGAAAGAGUGUACAAUCUUGUUCAAAGUUACUUCAAGGACAACUCAACAGCAUAUAUAUUUACCGCUGAUCAUGGGAUGAGUGAUAAAGGGAGCCAUGGAGAUGGACAUCCUUCAAACACUGAUACUCCACUUGUUGCUUGGGGUGCUGGAAUUGGUCAUCCCAUGCUUGACUCCCACAAUAGCCAUCCCGAUAAAUCUAUUCGAUUUGUUGAUGAGCAUUUGCAUGACACACCAACACCAUUAGAAUGGGGACUCAAGGACAUAUUGAGGACGGAUGUUAAUCAAGCUGACAUUGCACCACUUAUGUCAACUCUUCUAGGUUUGCCGUGUCCUGUUAACUCUGUAGGCAAUUUGCCUCUUGAUUACAUCGAGCUUGAUGAGGGGGGUAAAGUUGAAGCAGUGUUAUCCAAUACAAAACAAAUUCUCAACCAGUUCCUGUGCAAGUCUGAAUUAAAACGCACGCAUUCUCUUCGCUUCAAGCCUUUUAAACCUCUCUCCAAUCAUUCGCUAGUACUUGAUGAGAUUGAACAUUUGAUAUCUAUCAAAGAUUAUAAAGCUGCAAUGAAGCUAUUGGAAGAUCUUAGGAGCUUGGCUCUUAGUGGACUGAACUACUUUCAGACUUAUGAUUGGUUGAUGCUGCUGACUGUAAUUACUGUUGGUUAUAUCGGUUGGAUGGUCUACAUUUUACUCCAUGUUUUGGAGUGUUAUACCUCCUUACCUGAAAAGCUUUCCAGGACAGUACACUUGUUUCACCUUAGGAAGAAUAGCCCAAAGGCGAAUCUUUGUGGAGGGCUGCUAAUGGGAGCUUUUUGUGUUAUUCUGCUCUAUGAGCACUCACCCCCCCUGUAUCAUGCGUAUAUUGCAAUGACAUUAUUUCUUUGGACACAAAUAUUAAGCGAGUACCAGUUUCUUCUAGCACUCUGGCGGUACCUGUGUAACAGGAAAUUUAGUUACUUUUUGAAGCUUACUGCAAUAUUUAUUUUUGCUAUCACCAUUCUUGAACUCCUGGUGAUAAGCUUUACUGAGAGAAAAAUCUAUACAUGGUGUUUUGUAACUUUUGGGGUUACAUCUUCUAUAUAUUUAUUCAAGUUAAUGCCACUGAGAUCUGGAGUGCCCAUCUUUUUGUGUGCUGCAUGCUGGUUUCUUUCCAUAUUUACUCUCAUGCCACCUGAAAUUCCUGAAAAUACUGUACUGGUGUAAGUCAUUCCAUAGAAUUCCUUUCCCUUGUGGGAUUUUUCUUAUGUACGUUCCCUUUGUUAAAAUCAUGUUGAUUUGGCUUGUUUUGGUAGUAUUUUAAAGAUGGUGUUUUCUUUCUUUUGUUUGUAAUUAUUUUCCAUAAAAGUGACAUAUUCUUGGUAGAAAUGCUUACUGAUAAACUGCAUCACAAUUU